AAUACGAACCUAGACACAGCAUUCUCCUACUUAGUCCUCGCAAAGCAACGUUUCACUCUCUUUCAUUGAGUGUUUGAAUUGAAGCCAUAGAACUAAGAGGAGCAGCAAUAGCAUUUUCAACUCUAUAUAAUCACAAUUUGGGUGUUGUGCUCCUGGAAAAAUCAAAUCUUUAUUUAUUUUUGAGUUAUUAUUGAAGGCUUCUCGGUUAAAUAAAAGAAGGGUUUGUGUUCAAAUUGAAAUGGAGGUGUUUAAAAGGGCCAUAGUACAGCCUGGGCCACCUGAAAGUUUUGCUUUGCAGACUGUUCAAGAAGUAAUAAAGCCUCAGAAACAAACAAAGUUGGCCCAAGAUGAGAACCAGUUUCUAGAAAAUAUUCUACGGAUGCUACUUCAGGAAUUUGUGUCAGCAGCAGUACAGUUUGGGGAGAAAAUAAUGCAAUAUGGGCAAUCAAUGGAUGCUAGUGAAACUACUCAGGGCCACAUUCCUCGCCUUCUUGAUAUAGUGCUAUAUCUUUGUGAAAAAGAACACAUUGAAGGUGGUAUGAUUUUUCAGCUGUUGGAAGACUUGACUGAAAUGUCUACAAUGAAAAACUGCAAGGAUAUUUUUGGUUAUAUAGAGAGCAAACAAGAUAUAUUGGGAAAGCAAGAACUUUUUGCCAGAGGAAAACUUGUAAUGCUGAGAACCUGCAAUCAGCUUCUUCGCCGGCUGUCAAAGGCAAAUGAUGUGGUCUUUUGUGGAAGAAUUCUCAUGUUUCUGGCUCAUUUCUUUCCACUAUCAGAGCGAUCAGCCUUAAAUAUUAAAGGAGUUUUUAACACGUCAAAUGAAACAAAAUAUGAGAAAGAACCCUUGGAAGGCAUAUGUAUUGAUUUCAAUUUUUAUGAGACUUUUUGGGGCUUACAGGAAUAUUUUUCUAACCCUACUUCUAUAAAUAAUGCUCCGGUAAAGUGGCAGAAAUUCACCUCCAGCUUGUCGGUUGUACUGCAUACAUUUGAAGCGCAACCUUUAAGUGAUGAAGAGGGAGAUGCAAAUAAUUUGGAGGAAGAGGCAGUUAAUUUUAGUAUAAAAUAUCUGACAAGCAGUAAACUAAUGGGUCUAGAGUUAAAGGAUCCUAGUUUUCGACGUCAUGUUCUUGUGCAGUGUCUCAUAUUGUUUGAUUAUUUGAAGGCCCCUGGAAAAGGUGACAAGGAUUUGCCAUCUGAAAACAUGAAAGAAGAGAUUACAUCAUGUGAAGAACGUGUUAAAAAACUUCUUCAACUGACUCCACCCAAAGGGGGAGAGUUUCUUCACAAAAUUGAGCAUAUAUUGGAACGAGAGAAGAAUUGGGUGUGGUGGAAACGUGAUGGCUGCCUACCGUAUGAAAAACAACCCAUGGAGAAGAAAACAGUACCAGAUGGGGUCAAGAAGCGUAGGCCAAGAUGGAGAUUGGGUAACAAGGAAUUGUCUCAGUUGUGGAAGUGGGCAGAUCAAAAUCCGAAUGCUUUAACUGAUCCUCAGCGUGUUCAAACACCUUCGAUUAUGGAGUACUGGAAACCUUUGGCUGAAGAUAUGGAUCCUUCUGCCGGAAUAGAAGCUGAAUAUCACCACAAGAAUAACCGGGUUUAUUGUUGGAAAGGUCUUAGGCUUUCAGCACGACAGGACUUGGAGGGAUUUUCUAAGUUUACUGAUCAUGGUAUUGAAGGGGUUGUACCUCUAGAACUUUUGCCACCUGAUGUCCGAUCUAAAUACCAAGCUAAACCAAAUGACAGAAGUAAACGUGCUAAAAAGGAAGAAAUAAAAGGCACUGCUCAUCAAGUAGAGGAAAAUCAGAUUGUUACACCUGCUGCUGAGAUCGAUGGUGAAGUCAUAAGAACAGACGCCACAGAAACACCUAUGGAAUUCGAUGCUGCCACUGUCCCUGGUACUCAAGGCGGAACCCCAACGCCUGAUGAACUUCAGAAGCAGAGCUCAGACACUGAUGGUGGCCAGGAAGCAGGUCAAUUGGAAGCAGAUGCUGAAGUUGAGGCUGGAAUCAUAGAUGGAGAGACAGAUGCAGAUGUUGAUUUAGAUGCAGUUAGCUGAGAAUGAUGAACAUUAGAGUGAUGCCAGCAUCCUGUUUUCAAUGACAAAGAUAGUUGCAACAUUCACCAUUAGGUCAAGUUAAAGGCACCUUGUUUUUUCUAAUGACAGGAAGAGGAUUAUCUGGGAUUUUGGUAUAAUAUCAGUUGAAAGUGGUUCACGCAAUGAACAAGAGUAAAAUAUGAAUAUUCGUACUUGGAUGAGAAAAGCAAUGGAAUAUACUGAAUCUUGACUUUUUUCCAUCUCAUGUUUUUUCCAUGCAGUCAACGUUUGAAAAACUGAUUUUAUUAUUGUCAAAACACAUUAAAUGAUGUGUUGUGAAUGAUAACGUGAUAAAUGUGCAAAACAUGUGAGGGUACUAGUAGAUGUUCAAAUUACUCAUGUAUAUUUAUUUACCUUUGGCAAUGAA